UUUUCUUGGUAUCGACAUUGUCAGUCUUGGUUUCCAGGUCAUACUGGUACGAACAUUUAAGUGCCGAGAAAGUUUUCGUUUAGUUUCUCAUUUGUAUGCUUUUACCGAAUAUUUUGAACCAUCAUUGCGCAACUCGAAUGAGUAGUGACUGAGAAUAUUUUAUGUCUUUUUUGUGUUAGAACUAUGUGCCAGAAGUUUUGAGACAAUUUUAAUUAUAUCAGAGAAGAAAUGAUUCACUAUUGCAUCACAAUUGUGCUGGCGACGUUAUUGUCUUUCAAUAAUCCAGCUGCCUCAGAAAUACGUCGGGUGGCCAACUUUUCACCACCUGAAGAAAUAAAUGAUUUAGCUCAUCAUCAUCAUCAACAAAGAUCUAUUGGAAGUAAACCACCUUCUUCGAACAACAUAGAAGAAACCAUCAAAGAAGUAGAAGCGAUGUUAAAAGCCAACCCUGACUUGCCAAGACUCACAAGGGGCGAAAUCUUAGAUUUGGUUGAAAAUAUAACGAAAACCGACAAGCUCGCAAUAAAUUCUGUAUAUCAGAGCUCUACGACACCCAAACCUAGAGAUGCUAAAGCAUUUAUGGUUGUGAUGCCCUACACUCCUGAUAAUAUGAAUGGAAAGGGUAUAGAGGAAUUGUACACGAAACCUCCAGUGACCCACAUUGUAGGCGCGCAGACUUUCAAAGAUAAUGAUGUUGGAACUGCAACGGAAUUGCAACAAGUUCAAAGCAAUAGGUUUGAUGAAGGAAGUAAAAUCGUUAAACCAACAAAUGCGAAGAUUAAGAAAUACCAAGGUUAUUCUUAUAGAAGAACUACACAGUCUCCUGUGGUAACAAGUAGCACUGAAAUUCCUAUUGAGCCAAUUUCCUCUCUGAUACAAAAUAACCAUAGAAGGAGAAAACCCCAGCCCAUUGAACAGCAGAAAUCCACAACACUGCCUCCUCUUAUCACAACCUAUUCGACAAGAGGAAGACGACCAAGUAGAAGGAGACCAGGAAUAAAGACCACUGAAAAACAUCCGAAUCACAAGUACCCAGAAGAGUCCUCUGACGAUUCCGUUAAGAGUCCAUCAUCACUACCUUCUGAUGGCUUGAGAAUUAUCAGUGCCCCAAAAUUGUCGCCGCACGCCAUCAACGACGAUCUUCUUAUGGUCGAAGAUCAGAACAAAGCAUUUUUGCUUGAAAAGGAGGUUCCGUUUUCAAUUGAGAGGGUAACAAUCAAACAUAUCGAUUUGGAUGAUGGCAAUGGUGGCUCAUCACAGAAUCUCAUGAAAGUAGAUGUUCCGGAACAUUUGAAAGGAGUAGUUGCCGACAUGGAUUUAGAAUCGGCCAUCAACCGGGAACAUCAAAAACGAGUAACGACUGCAAAGCCUUUCAAUGCCGAAGAUGAGGAAAUCAAAAUAAAGAACAUGUUAGCUUCUCUAGGAGUACUACCUUCUCAAAUGUCAACAACUACCACCCAGCUUCCUGAUAUCAGCAAUGUGGCCGACAAUUUGAGUCCAGAUAUGAAAGAACUUCUAAAGAGUUUUGGACUGCUUCCCAAUGCCCAACAGAAACCUGUUGGCUCUAGUCAAGUCUCUGAUAGUUUCAAUCCAGUGAAGGCUGAGAUAAAACCUGAAUCUUACAUUGGAUUCAAGCCUUUGCCUGAACACAGUGAGAGCAGAGAUGAAAUGGAAGAGCUUUUGGCUAGGUUUGGUUUAGGUAGGAGUACAAGGGAUCAGAAGGCACUCCACGAAAACACAAAAAAAGACGAAUCAUUUCCAAAUGAGACGGAUAAUGAUACUGCAUUCUCCCAGGAUAAAUUAAAUUUGGAAGUUGUUCCAGAAGAAUAUCAAGGAGUGCUAGAAGAUAUCGGACUGUCAGACAGAAAGGGAAAAAUGAUUAGAACUGCGCCACUGGUGAAAACCCAGGAAAAACAACACGUUUUCAAUCCCACCGACAACAAAUAUGCUACCCAAGAAGAACUAGAUAAACUGAACAAUCUGAUGACAAUUAUCAAGCAACUGGAAAAUCUCAAUCGGACUGUCACUGAUGAAGAUCUCAACGAAAUUGACAAAGAAAAUCUGAAGAAACUUGUGGAGAGUUUCAGUCAAAACAAACACGUAGUACCAUUAAAUGAACAAAAUGCUCCCGAUCCACUCAAGUAUGACUAUGGUUUGAGUAAAAACGAAGUGAAAAGACAGGAAGAUACUACAUCCACCAACGAACCUAGUACCUCGGAAGAAACUGUUACUCCAAACAUAAAGGACCUGGAAGACUCUUUUGGUGGCAUGUCAGAUACUAUAACUGAAGUUUCUGUUCCUGAAACUACCACACCAGUAAGAAAGACUGGUUUUUAUUAUUUGGUAGAUUGGAAUACUUUCCUUGAUAUUGAUGACCAGAAGGGCAAGAGAGUAAAUUUAAGAUUUCAGCCAACCAUUGGAGACCCGAAAAGAUUUUAUUCUGUGUCAGUACCGUGAGAACAAAUGUAAAUUCUAUUUGUGAUAUUUAUAAUCGAUAUUGCUCAAUUAUGGUUGCAAAACUAUAAAAAGUGCCUGCCAUUUUAGCUAAAUAAGGUUUUUAAAGUUCAUUUGCAGUUAUAUGUAAUUAUUUAUUUCUAAUCUGAAUCGUGUUUUUGAAUACAACCUAUAAUUUCUCUAUUUUAAAUACGGACAUUGAAAUAUUUACAUAUCAUGUUUGAAUGGUCUAUAAAUCUUGAUACUUCGGGUAUUGAAAUUGAAUACAAGGAGCCAUUUUGUCAAAUAUAAAGAUGUAUAGA